AUGACGACGAAGUUGCUUCUGUCGUCUAUGCGGGCAUUGUCCCUCCGAACGGGCAAGCCAGCCGCCCCCUACGCCGCUAUCCGGACGAAGCAAUCCGUGCGAUCCAUUUCCUACGCUCUUCCCGGACUCAAAACGUCCACGAGGCCCACGACGACGGCUGUCAUGGGUGCGGUGAAGGCGGUGGCGGCUGUCAAGCAGCAGAUGCGGGGGAUGAAGGUACACAGCUCCGUCAAGAGGCGGUGCGAGCAUUGCAAGGUCGUGCGAAGAAAGGCGAACAAGCGACACCGAGGCUAUAUCUACAUCAUUUGCAGUGCAAACCCGAGACACAAGCAACGGCAAGGAUAG